CCACAUUCCACUCUCGAUGUCCCGACUUCUCGAUGAGGACCCCGAGGCUGGCUAUAUGACUCGAAUCAGUGACCAUGAUCUGAAAACUCGCCCACAACUUAUGAAAAUGGCUGAGUAUGCUGUGACGGAGAACAAUAAAAAAGCCCCUAAAUCAGAGACAUUAAAGUUGGUGAGUCUGGACAGAGGAUAUUAUCUUAUUGAAGCUGGUGCAGACACGAUAAUAUUUGAUUUAUACAUUAUCGUCUCGUCCGCUCACCUUGGCCAAAUCAAAUACAAGGCGGAGGUCCAUGCCGGAGAACCUGGUCAUGAAUAUUAUCUCACAUCCUUUACCCGGUUAUAAAUUAAAUUAACCUAGCUAUAUACAUAGCGAUUGUCAUAAUACUUACGCAUAAUGAAUUAUAUAGCAAUAACAAAAAUAAUUCA